AAAGUUCCUCUGAUAGAUCCGUCGCUUUUCUUGCACCGUUUCUUCGCGAAGUUGAAGCUGAAGAACGAAAAGAUUCUGUUUUUUGCCAUGAGAUUAAUUUCACGGAUGAAACGCGAUUGGAUAGUCGUUGGUAGGCGACCGAAUAAUCUGUGUGGUGCAGCAUUGGUUACGGCAUCGCGUGUUUAUGGCGAGGAGCGAAGUGUACUGGAGGUUGUUAAGGCGGUGAGGGUCUCUCCGCAUACGAUUAACAUACGCCUUAAGGAGAUGUGUGACACGCAGAGUGCGAAUCUCACGGUGAGCGACUUCUUCAACGUAUGGCUCGAGAAGGAGGAGGAUCCGCCCAUAACGAAGCACAAGUUGAAAAUGGUUGAUGAUAAGACAAUUGAAUCGGGCAUGCUUACACCAACGAGCGAUAUCUCUGAGAAGGACACCCUUGCCAUUGAUGAAAACUUCUUGACCAAAUUUGAUGACAGUGGCACGGAAGAAUCGAUUGACUCUGAUGAGCUGGAAUGCUUUAUUCUGACAAAGGAGGAGGCGAUGCAAAAGGAGAAGGUGUGGAACUCGAUGUAUGACAACUUCUUGAAGGAAAGAGCCGUCCGAGCAAGUACACGGCGAAGGGAACCAAAGAAGAGAAAGCCGAGGGAGACCUACGACACGGUGGAAGAGGCGCUUAGGGGCGUGAUCAAAGAGAAAAAGAUGACGAACAAAAUUAAUUAUGAGGCGCUCAAAGGGCUUUUCGACUGA